AUGGUUGAGCUUACUUCGCAGCGAGUCCUCAAAGGACCUUCCAAGUCAUUUGCUCCCAAGAUGAAACCUAGAAUACCUGGGCGUCGCUCAGAGACUACUAAUUCCACAGCUUCAACACACUCAUCCCAGUCUCAAUCAAAUCCUGCUAAAACAGUUACAUUUCUGGAGCCAUCUUCACUUGUUUCUAGUCACCAAAAACCAUCACCUCAAGCCUCUGAUACUAUUUAUAGCUCCAUUCAAACCACAAUUUCUUCAAAACUCAAUGUCCAAAGCUCUGAUGGUUUAGUCACAUUAUCAUCUCCAAUUAGAUCUUCUUCUAAGCAACCUUCUCCGAUUGAAGCUCCUUCAAACUCGACCACUGCCAGCCAGCCAGCAGAUCUUGAUGUCGGCUUAAUCAACCCCAUGCCUGAAUAUAUGACUUCACAAUCCCAGCCAGCUGACAGCAUACAUUCCCCUAAAGAAACUGAUAUAACCAUACCUAGCACAUUUAAACCAAUCAAGAUAGUUGGAGCUAGACCUACAGGCCGACCAUCAAUUCGAGCUUCUCGACCUUUAGAACGACACAACACCGAUAUCAAUCGGAAAACACCUCUGGUAUCUCAAGUACCUGAAUCUUGUUCAAUAUUACAAUUGCCUCAUCGAGAUUGUGAAAAUAUACAAGAGCCCUCUUGUUCAAAUGUAAUGUCACAGUUGAUUGAAGAUGGAUUACAUAAACAAGUCGGAUCAAAAUCUACAGUAGUAGGGAACAGCACAGUAGGCUUUACACAAGAUUUUUUGGUACAAACCGUCACACAUGAAUAUGACAAUUCAACGAGCUCUAGUGCUCCAGUUCCCACAUUGGCAGCAUCGCAUAUACAACAACCUGUUGCGUCACAGGAUGAACCGUUUUUGGCACGUUCAACGAGAGUGGUUACUUCUCGAGCAAAGGUUUUUGUUGGGUCAAGUCGACAGUCAACCAGUUCAACCGCCGGGCCAAAUACACACUCUUUAACUUUAAAAUCUUCACCAAUGACCCCAUUGUCUAAUACUCCCGUUUUAGCCUCUGAUAUUGGCCUUCUUACUAUGAAACAACUUGCAGUGAAUCGAUUGAUGAUUGGUGAAAUCUCGAAAUAUGAAAAGGCCCGCCAAUUAAAAGUUAAAGAAUAUAAAAAGAGAAAACGAAGUGUAGACAUUGGCUCCAAUGUAGAUCUUUCGACUCUACCGCUGAAUCCGUUAAAGUCGAGUAGCUCAGAUGGCUUGUCCUCUGAAACAAACUCGCUACUGCCCUCAAAUGGACCCCGUUUGCGAAUUAUAGACGGUCAGAUUCGUAUUGACGAGACUUCCUUGGUGCUGACUCAGAGCGGACAGGAGCCUUUGGAGGAGCUGCAGCGCGUAGAAGAGGGUCCGCAACGAUACGUUACUAGUGCUUCCUUUCGUACGCGAAAGAUGCCUCGGAAAGUGUUAUGGAGUAAAGCCAUGACUGAGCGAUUUUUUGAUGGCCUUUCAUAUUUUGGAACGGACUUCAAUACCAUUGCGUUAAUGUUUCCAGGGAUGUCGCGAAACCAUAUUAAACUCAAAUUUGUAUCUGAAGAGGUAGCAAACCCCAAACGAGUGACUUUUGCCAUUCUUAACAAACGCGUUCCAGGAGAUGAUAUUCGGAGUCGCAUGAUGGGCAUGAUUGCAAAAAAAAAGGCACUCAACACCGAGUUGUAUUUGGGACAUUUGAAACAGGAUGAUACUGUGGACGUAAAACCCAAUAUAUCCGCCAUUCCCUCCCAGACCUCUGAUCAAAAUAAUCAAAAUAGUAAGCAGGAUACUGUUGAAAGUGAACCUUUAGACCAUGCGCGUACCCAGAUUCAUCAGGAUGCUUUUAAAACUGUCAGUCCUGGAUUGGUAUCCAAUAAAAUCAAAGACAGCAGUGUUUAUGCGCUACCUGCCUCUCUUGCCAAUGCAGAGCUUCUUCGGAUAAGUUCGCGUCCCAUGCUAGGAUCUGUGAAGCCUAGAAUUGGUCCAAAUCCACGAGUACGCCGCCCAGUUCAGACACAAUCCCAUAAAAUUCCUCCUAAUGAAUCAGAGACUGCUAUAUCUUUGAGCACUACAUCACAGGCACCGCUUACUGAUGAUGCAGCGAUUCUUAUCAAGUCUGCCCAAGCGGCCAGCGCUCCUGCAACAAUGGUUGUGCCAACUAAAGAUGGAAAGACUAUCCGGCCGAGUAUCACACUGCCCCAUCGUAAACCAAGUAGUAAUCUCAAAAACAAUGCAUAG